AUGGUCGACUGGCCAGGAGCGCAAACAAGGCCGCCGUCGACAGGCCGUAACGAUAACAGAGAGGGAGUGGCCCAAUGCGAAGGAACCUUUGAAAUGCCCUUUUCACCUUCAUCUGCUGGAGAGGGGGACUCGCCCGCAGGCUCCCCAGAUACCAGAUUGACAGCGCCAUCCCCAAACGACCCAAUCAAACGGAGCGGGGUAUCUCCCAGGGAUCAUGGCAUAAUUGGUGGCGAUGGUGCCAAGAAUGAUAAGCAAAUCGUUCAGUUCAGACCAGAGCAGCAGCGAGAGCGAGAGAAGGACCCGUUCGUUACACCAGGUUGGGCUUCGAAGAGCGGGCUAUCUCCAACUGCUUCUGCAUUUAGCCCAUUCCACAUGGAAACGAAGAGCCCUAAUUAUAAAAACAUACAUGUCCCCGUCAAUAUGCUUAGCCAGAGCAUGGGAAUGUCCAGGUGGCUGAAGAUAAUUGCAGAACAAGUCGUUACUCCGCAACAGGUCAAUGCAUGGCUUCAAAAGCUGGAAAGAGACAGCGGAAUCUUUCAUGGAGCGAGGAGAAUCCUCGAAAGGAAUGGCACAGUGGGUAUCUUUUUCGAGGACAUCAGAGAUGCGUGGCUAUUUCAAAGUCAAACAAGCUCUGCCAAGUUUGACUGGCAAGUCAUCCACGACUCAUCAGCCGAUUUGUACCCCUUGCCUCGGGAUAGUGGCCAGUUAGUGGUCUUAGCUACCGUGCCUCCGGGGUCGACCACCAGGGACGAGCAGGUUGCAGCAGAAGUUAUGAUGAACCUUCAAGCCCACGGCGAAAUAUUUGCGUUCGAAAAGAAAAUGACUUACCGAGAUGGAUCUUUCAGAGGUAUUGUGGAAUAUUGUGACGUCUUGGCAGCCAAAACUGCGCUUGUCCAGGCGCCCACAUCUGAAGGACAGAGUGGAGUCAGAAUUGUUCUUGCGGCAUAUCACGAAGAAAACUCAAGAUCAGCCGGUAAUGGCGUGCGGGUCUGCGAAACUCCUCGUGUCUCCAAUCCAAGCACUAGCUGGGAGUACGGGCUUGCCAGAUCGAAGCAGAACUCGAUACCCCAAGCCAAUCUCUGCUUGAACACAUCUGUUGCCAUGUAUCCAGUCAUUGCACAGCCAAACUAUACGCCAAGUUUCCCGUAUCUGAUGAACUCUUUCAUUGCCGGUGCGCCAGGUGCUGAAAUUGCAGCGUUGUCAACACCCAUUUCGCCUUCCUACCAGAGAGUCUCGGCUUCUUAUCGCAAGCCCCCAUCUCCAGCUCUCACCGUACACAAUGGAUUUAGUCCAUCAAGGUCUAAUUCAGCCUACAGUAGGUUGGAUCGGCGGCAACACGCUUCACGAGUGAACAGAAACGCAUUCCAAAGUCCGAGCAGCCACCACAACCAUGUGGACGGACACCGAAUCAGAGAAGGAAUUGAUGUUAGAACAACGAUUAUGUUGCGAAAUAUACCGAAUAAAGUAGACCAAGCAAUGCUCAAGCGAAUUGUCGACGAAUCCAGCUGGGGGAAAUAUGACUUCAUGUAUCUUCGCAUAGAUUUUGCGAAUGACUGCAAUUUUAGUGUUGGAUACGCCUUUAUUAACUUUGUUGAUCCUUUAGAUAUUGUUGAUUUUGUUGAGGCACGUGGCAAUCAACGAUGGAACUGCUUCAAAAGUGACAAGGUGGCUGAGGUCUCCUACGCAACUAUACAAGGGAAAGAUUGUCUAGUGCAGAAGUUUCGAAACAGCUCCGUCAUGCUCGAGGCCGCACACUAUCGGCCGAAACUCUACUUUACCUCAAAUGGUCCGAUGCCGGAAAUGGCCGGCCAAGAAGAACAAUUCCCAGAGCCUGACAACCAGUCGAAAAUGAAGCGCAGCUGCGAAAAUGCAGAGCACGUCGGCCUUUUCACACCAAACGCAGGACAGCACUUCCGUGAUGAGCAGCGGCGCAGACGUUCGCAGUACGAUCGAGGUACCCGCUUGGCCGCUCUCGAAGAGUACGACUUGGAGGCCAUACAGCAUCUUUACAUCGGGAACGAGAGACCGGAAUAA